CGCGGGGUUGCUGCGCGGGCGGCUGACGGGCGUGGAGACGGGAUGCGGCCGCCGCCGCUACCUUCUUGCCGGCCCGGGUUGCGCCGCCGGGACUGAGCCGUCGCUCGAACCGUGAGCUGAGCGGCCGCCGGGCGCGCCCGCAGCGCCGGAGAAUGGGCUGCGGCGGGAGCCGGGCGGAUGCCAUUGAGCCCCGCUACUACGAGAGCUGGACCAGGGAGACGGAGUCCACCUGGCUCACCUACACCGACUCGGACGCUCCGCCCAGCAACGCCGCCCCGGACAGCGGCCCCGAGGCAGGCGGCCUGCAAACCGGUGUGCUGGAAGAUGGCGUGUCUGCCAAUGGUGUGCCCCGGUCUACAGCCCCAGGUGGAACAUCCAACCCAGAGAAGAAGAUGAGCUGUGGGACCCAGUGCCCGAAUCCCCAGAGCCUCAGCUCAGGCCCCCUGACCCAGAAACAGAAUGGCCUCCGGACUACAGAGGCUAAAAGGGACGCUAAGCGGACAUCUGCAAAAGAAGUCACCAUUAAUGUCACAGAAAGCAUCCGACAGGUGGACAGAAAUCAAAGAAUCACAAAGAAAUGCAUCAACUAGGAGAGCUGAGGGCCAGAUGGACUUCUUUGGUGCCCUUCACAUCCUGGAUCCUAUCGAGGAACUUUGAAGAAGCGGGUGGCCCUUGCUGCGUGGGAACGCUGUGGAAUGCCUUGUGAGACCCUGUCUUACCCGGCAGCACCGCUGCCUGAGCAUUGGCAGCCUCCUGUUUAUCAUGUAAACCUAUCGGCAGAGCACUCCCAUAGGGUAUUAAACUGCAAAUGUGUGUUCAGUUUGCCUCUUGCCCUCGGGCAGUCUGGUCUGAUGGAGACGUGGUGAGCUAAAACCACCUGCCGCCGUGGUGUGUGCUGGGUCGGGCAAGCUUAUUCUUUCUUUCUUUUUAAAAUACCACCAACACAAAGUGUACUGUGUUCACUUACAAGUUGGCUUCCACCAGUUCUAAACCCUCAUGUAUGAGAAAUCAAGAAAACAGGAAAACGUUGUUAUUCUUGUUUCCUUAGCCCAGUAUGAGAUGGAUUCAGGUCCAAUUUUAUACACACUGACCCCACUGACACCCAUGGCGUGUGCUGGGGCCUCUCUGGGAUACAGUCACACCCACGUCUCUCUCCUCCACCUUCACCCUCCUGGCCCAGGCCGGGGUCCAUGUCAGCCUCUGAAUCAUAGCAUCACAGUCAUGGGCAAUGCAUCCAACCUCGGACGCCCUUUCGGCUCUGCAGACAUUGUGUUUCUCCAGCUUUCCACUUCCUUUCCUUGUGCUGAGCGUUUUUUCUCUCCAUUCAGGCCAUUUGCAAUGGUUAAUCAAAGACCGGCCACUGCUCACAAGAGGGAGAAAAUCUGAAAUGUGUCGGCUUUCUUUUAGCCUCUCCUUGCACACCCAGGACUGUGUCAUUUGGUGUCUGCAAAGGAAUCGAUUUAAGAAGCCGGUACCUGGUGGGUGUGUGUUCACGGGAACAUCAGAUCACCAUGCAGUGUGUUAAAAAUCAGGUAGCUGAGACGGGAAAAAAUAAGUAAAUAACCAAUUUUGAUAGGAUUUUCUAGCAUUUCUUUAAACAUGUAAAGGUAGAAGUAUUUUCCUCCAAAGUAAUGUAGCAUGAUUUUUAGAGGACUCUUAACAUGCCUGGGAUUGGGAGAGGAAGGACUAAAGUUGUACCCAAUCAUACUAAUAAACUCCACGUUUAGCAGAA